AAACUCAGGGACGACCCAAGUAACUGAUUCAGUUCGUACAACAUAAACACAAAGCAUGCAGCUUUGCUGGUUCUUUGAACUUUGAAGCCAAACAUGAAAACUGGGUUCUGCAUGAUGAGGAUGAUGAUCACAUGGAAAUAUCAAAUCCCACACGGGUUAAACUUGCUGAUAUGAUCGACCAACGAAGUUGGCGAUGACCAUCUUUGUCUGAUCUUGAAUGCUGCACCCAAAAAGGUGAAGGCAGGCCAAUAAGAUUAAUUCUCAGUCUCACAGCUAUUUGUUUGACCAGUAUCUUGGGUGCUAUAGUGUUUGGUUUGUACAGGUUGCGAGCUAACCAAAGAGGAAAAACCACAGUAAAAACAGGGAAGUAUGAAAUGGCUGAUAAGAUUCAGACUUCACGAGCCACUAUAAGAGAAUAUAUUGGAAAAGAUGAUCCAUCUGAGCUAUUGAUCUAUGAUUUUGAUAGCAUAUUAGUUGCUACAAACAAUUUCAGUCUUGCAAACAAACUCGAAAAAGGAGGAUUUGGCCCAGUUUAUAAGGGUAAGCUACUAGAAGGGAAGGAAAUAGCAGUAAAAAGACUGUCUAGUAGUUCAGGCCAAGGCAAAGAAGAGUUCAAGAAUGAGACUUUGUUGAUCUCCAAUCUUCAACAUAAAAAUUUUGUUAGACUCAUGGGUUGCUGUGUUAAAGGGGAUGAGAAGUUACUGAUUUAUGAGUUCAUGCCCAACAGAAGCUUGGAUACUUUUCUAUUCGAUCCAAUGAGAAGAGCAGUGUUGGAUUGGCCUUGCCGCUUCAAUAUUAUUCAGGGCAUAGCUAUAGGGCUUCUUUAUCUCCAUCACGAUUCCUGUUUGGAAGUAAUACAUAGAGAUCUGAAAAUUAGCGACAUUCUCUUGGAUGAGAAAAUGAACGCAAAAAUUUCAGAUUUUGGAUUGGCACGCAUUGUUCAAGAGACACCAGAUUUAGAAAAUAUUGAGAGGGUUGUGGGAACGCUGUAAGCAUCAUAACGAUGUUAUGAAGGUGACGACAGGCCACA